AUGACAGAUUUAGCUAAGAGUCUCCAUUAUGGGAAAAUUUUGUUCAUGUGGGCUUCAGAAGUGCUUCUUGCUAGAUCAUACAAGCCAAUUCAUUCCAUUCAUUUCCUUGCCAGUCAGGAGUGCAGUACCACCCUCCUGACUAUUGGCCCUUAUUCUAGGGCUAAUGGGAAAAUGGAGGGAAGAUCAUACAGAAGAAGUCGUGUUGAAGAACUGGUUGACAAAGGCAUCAGUCCUCAGCACAAGAUUUGUAUCUUUGUGAUUGAAGCGAUGGUGAAAGCUGAUAAUUUAGUGGGAAAUAAGGAGGAUUCAUAUAUUGUUUGCGCACUCAUAAUGGUUCUACCUUCCAGAGGGGUUGUAAUUUGA